AUGCGUCCGUGGAUACAAUGUACAAAACGAAGCAUUGCAGCAGUUUCUCAAGAAAAGACACGCAACAAUCUGAAUGUGAUUGACUUUUUCCACCCUUCUUUAUCCUCUGUACUCUAUCGAUAUUCUCUUAGAUUAGGCGUCUCCGGUUAUCCGAAAAGAGGCAAACCCAUCGAAAGUCAAGACGAAGGUGUGUACACAAGUAGUCAAGUGGGCGAUGAUGCUUAUUUUAAGCGACACGAUGCUCUUGGUGUCGCAGAUGGCGUGGGAGGUUGGAGGACACAUGCUGGAGCCAACCCGGCCUUGUACUCUAGAAAAUUGAUGCACUAUGCACAAUUAGAGUUGGAUCGUAUCAAGACGAAUGUGAGACCACAACAGUCGCCGGUGAAUCCUGAUCCGAUACAGAUAUUAGAAAGUGCAUAUCAUCUAACGACAAUAGAUGCACAAAAUGAGGGUAUUGUGGGAUCAACUACAGCAUGUAUAGCCGUACUAUGUCAGGAUGAACUAAGAAUAGCCAAUAUUGGCGAUUGCGGAAUCUCCGUGAUUAGGAAAAACAAUUAUAUUUUUAGGUCUGAAGAACAACAACAUUCGUUCAACUUCCCAUUUCAACUAGGAACAGCUUCCUUUGAUUCUCCAUCGGAUGCUCAGCAAUUUACAGUCAAGAUUGAAGAGAAUGAUAUUAUCGUCUUAGGAUCAGACGGUUUAUUUGAUAAUUUGUAUGACGAUGAAAUAUUGGAAGAAGUUAAAAAAUUAAUAGAUCAGACUGAUUUGGAUCCAAUGACUAUACCUCAAUUGAUAUCAGAAGCCCUUGUUCAAAGAGCAAAGAUUGUGAGUGAAGAUCCAGAUAAUCCUACUUCACCAUUUCAAGUUAAAGCCAUGCAUGAAGGUUUAUAUUACCAAGGUGGGAAAGCAGAUGAUAUUAGUGUGAUUGUAGCUAUUAUAAAAAAGGACGAUCAAUUACCAGAACCUUCACCACCACCAUUACCUUGAAAUAAGCAUUUCAUUCAUUCAUGUAAAUAGUAAUUCAAUCUUUUUUUCCUUUACUGUGUGUGUAUUUAUUCUCUCCCCUUUUCAUAUUAUAAUCCUUGUCGAAACUACUCACAAUAAACGUAUACUUUAUUAUUAAUAGAUAUGAG